AUGUCUGCCAUCAACUUUCAUUCUAUUAUUGUCAAUGAACUUAUUAAUUUAGAUGUCUUUACAUUUUUGUCUCAGCAAAACUAUACGGUUUUGAGUGAAGCUGAUAUUCGGCAUUGCCAAGAGGAAAAUAUUAUUAAAGUAUCCGCUGUGCUUUCCAUUUCUAAGGUUGCUGCUGGCAUCCUUCUUCGCCACUAUAAUUGGAAUGUCAGUAAAGUGAAUGAUGAAUGGUUUUCUGAUGAAGAAAAGGUACGAAUGGCUGUUGGCUUGCUGGAGAAACCAGUUCCAUUUCUCAAUGCUAAAGAGAAACCAGUUCCAUUUCUCAAUGCUAAAGAGCUGACUUGUGGGAUCUGCUUUGAAACUUUUCCUUGUGAUAGGAUGAAUGCUGCUGCUUGUGGUCAUCCUUUUUGUGUGACAUGCUGGCAAGGUUGGAUGGAUAUAUUACUGAAGCGGGCUCCAUCUGCUCAUGGACACCUGGAUUUGUGGAAGUCAAAUGCAAAAGUCUAUGUUAUUUUUCCUGCUGGAAUAUAUACAGAAGGAUAUAUUACCACAGCCAUCAAUGACGGUCCUGGAUGUUUGAUGUUGCGAUGUCCUGAUCCAUCUUGUGGUGCAGCUGUUGGUCAGGACAUGGUCAACGUAUUGGCUUCUCAUGAUGAUAUGGAGAAGUAUAAUCGCUACUUUCUUAGGUCAUUUAUUGAAGACAAUAGGAAGGUGAGUUAG